UGCUGCAACGUCCAAGGAGAAUAAUGAGGAGUUUCAACCGGUGACGCAAUGCCUUAAGCGAUAAUGCUGUUAGCAAGUGGCGCAUCCAUACCGACGAUCACCGGCGCCAUCGAGGAGGAAUACGCUAAUAGCGAAGGAAAUAGCGGCCACUGCGAUGGCUACAUUACCGAUCACACCGACCUCACCUCGGAUAUCGACGAGUCCGAGUAUCGCCGUGAGCUCCUCAACGACAAAUGGCGGCUACUGUUCGACAAGUAUGAUCCCGAGGGGUUUGGAGAGAUUCCAAUCGAGGAUUUCCUAAUAGCACUGAAGAGUCCCGACUGGUUAAACGAGAUCCCGAUUAAUAAAAGAGACAUUCUUCUUCUUAGAGUGAAGGAAUCACGUGCCGAGGCUGUAACAUUUCAGGACUUCGUAAAUGUGCGCGCUCGCACACACGUCGCACACACGACGCACCGCACGUCGCACAGCACGACGUACCACACGACGUACCACACGACGCACCACACGACGCACCACACGACGCACCACACGACGCACCACACGACGCACCACACGACGCACCACACGACGCACCACACGACGCACCACACGACGCACCACACGACGCACCACACGACGCACCACACGACGCACCACACGACGCACCACACGACGCACCACACGACGCACCACACGACGCACCACACGACGCACCACACGACGCACCACACGACGCACCACACGACGCACCACACGACGCACCACACGACGCACCACACGACGCACCACACGACGCACCACACGACGCACCACACGACGCACCACACGACGCACCACACGACGCACCACACGACGCACCACACGACGCACCACACGACGCACCACACGACGCACCACACGACGCACCACACGACGCACCACACGACGCACCACACGACGCACCACACGACGCACCACACGACGCACCACACGACGCACCACACGACGCACCACACGACGCACCACACGACGCACCACACGACGCACCACACGACGCACCACACGACGCACCACACGACGCACCACACGACGCACCACACGACGCACCACACGACGCACCACACGACGCACCACACGACGCACCACACGACGCACCACACGACGCACCACACGACGCACCACACGACGCACCACACGACGCACCACACGACGCACCACACGACGCACCACACGACGCAUCAGACGAGCCGCGGGGCCUCCCUUAUCGGACUCCAAUAUCAUUGUCGCCGCGGAUUAUUACUGGAGGCAGGUGACCCCGCGUUCCUGCCCCGUGGUCACUCUCCUCACCAUUGUUGGUCCGCGCCGCUCCUACGAAAAGAAGAAUUGGGUCACCGG